CGAGGUGGCGUAAGGAGGGGGGAAACUUGGUCUCUCAACUCAAAGCAGCACUUUUACGCUUUGCUCCACACUACUUUUUUUUUCUUUCCUUUGCUGCUUUUACCCUCUAAGCAAUCCAUACUUUCGUUACUUUUGGAUUGUCCAUUUUUUAAAAAUUUACAACAAAAUGACUGGUAGCCCAGUGACAGGGUUACUGGUCGCGCUGUGCGUAAGCGCCGCGGUCCACUGUAUGCCCAACAGCCAAAGGAAAAGCAAAAGACACACUGAGCAGUACCGAAUAUACCCUGAACUCCGGGACUCGCCGACCCUCACUCAAGGCGGCUGCGAAGAAAACGGUCGCUCGUACAAAAUAAACGAGCAGUGGGAGAAAACCUACCGUGGGAGUACACUGCUGUGCACCUGCGACGGAACAGCGGGCAGCAAAUGCAAGACCAAGCCCGCAGCGGAAGAAACCUGCUAUGAUAAAUACAAUGACCGGACAUACCGUGUCGGGGACACCUAUGAGAGACCAAAGGACGGGAUGAUGUGGGACUGCACCUGCAUUGGUUCCAGUCGUGGCAAAAUCAGCUGCACAAUCGCAAACCGCUGCCAUGAAGGUGGAAGGUCAUACAAAAUCGGGGAUACCUGGCAAAGGCCUCACGAUAGUGGCGACUACAUGUUGGAGUGUGUGUGCCUCGGGAACGGCAAAGGAGAGUGGACCUGCAAACCCGUGGCCGAGCGUUGCUAUGAAAACAGCGGAUCAUCCUAUGUUGUGGGAGCGACUUGGGAGAAACCCUACCAAGGCUGGAUGAUGAUUGAUUGUACCUGUCUAGGAGAGGGAAAUGGACGCAUCACGUGUUCCUCAAAGAACCGUUGUAAUGAUCAGGAUGUCAAGAGGUCUUACCGCAUCGGCGACACGUGGACCAAGACAGACGCAAGUGGGAACACAUUGCAGUGCCUCUGCACAGGAAAUGGUCGUGGAGAAUGGAAGUGCGAGAGACACAGCUCCCAUCAAACGACAGCCCUUGGUACAGGUUCCCGCGUGGUAGCCCAAAUCCAUCCACAACCUGUUUCCCAGCCCCCCACUGAGGGCACCUGUCGCACAGAUUCUGGAGCCACGUACUAUGAUGGCCAGCGCUGGAUCAGAACCCAGGGCAGCAAGCAGAUGCUCUGUACCUGCUUGGGCAACGGAAUCAGCUGUCGUGAUCAGGAGGUCCAGUCCCAGGUGUAUGGCGGCAACUCCAACGGUCAGCCGUGCACAUUCCCGUUCGUCUUCAUGGGGAAGACUUACUACUCCUGCACCUCAGACGGACGCACAGAUGGAGCGCUGUGGUGCUCUAUCACUUCAGACUAUGACACAGACCAGCAAUAUUCCUUCUGUACCGAGAAGUAUGCCAUGGUGACAACCCGAGGUGGGACUUCCAACGGUGCCCUGUGCCAAUUCCCCUUCUUCUAUAAUGGUCGUAACUACACGGACUGCACCUCCGACGGACGGCGCGAUGGCAUGAAGUGGUGCGGCACCACCUACAACUAUGAUGCGGAUGGGCAUUUUGGAUUCUGCCCCAUGGCCGCCCAUGAAGAAGUUUGCACGACCAACGAUGGAGCGAUGCACCGUGUAGGUGACAAGUGGGACAAGCGCCAUGAUGUCCUGGGUCACAUGAUGCAGUGCACAUGCUUAGGCGGCGGGCGCGGGGAGUGGAGCUGCAUUGCCCAUUCUCAGCUACGAGACCAAUGUAUUGUUGAUGGGUUGACCUAUGAGGUGAACCAGGCUUUCUACAAGCGCCAUGACAUGGGUCACAUGAUGAACUGCACCUGCUUUGGGCAAGGACGUGGCCGCUGGAAGUGUGACGCUAUAGACCAGUGUCAGGACCCGGGGUCCAAGGCUUUUUAUCAGAUUGGAGAGUCAUGGGACAAGGUCAUCCAUGGCAUCCGCUAUGGCUGUUAUUGCUAUGGCAAUGACGUCGGCGAGAUGAGUUGCGAGCCUCAGCAGACCUCCCCAGGAGGCUACAGACCAGUCCAGGUGAUCAUCACAGAGGCAGGGAAACAGCCAGACUCUCAUCCUAUUCAGUGGAAUGCCCCCGCCUCUGCACACAUUACCCAGUACAUCCUCAAAUGGAGAGUGAAAAACACUCGGGCCCCCUGGAGGGAGGUCACAAUCCCUUCCCACCUGAACUCUUACACAAUCUCUGGGCUGCGGCCAGGCGUCACCUAUGAAGGUCAGCUCAUUAGCAUCCUGCGCUUCGGAAAGCGAGAGGUCACACGCUUUGACUUCACCACCAACCAUGGUUCAUUGGAGCCAUUCGAGGGAGAGACCACCCAGCCUCCUCCAGUGGUGGACACUUCUGAGUCGGUGACUGAAAUCACCUCCAACAGCUUUGUUAUCUCCUGGACGUCAGCCUCAGAGACAGUUUCUGGCUUCAGGGUGGAGUAUGAACUCAGUGAGGAGGGGGCCACACGUAAAGUACUGGACUUACCCCGCACAGCAAGCUUUGUUACCAUCAGUGACCUGCUGCCCGGACGCAGGUACAAUGUCAAUGUUUAUGAGCUCCCUACAGACGGAGAACCAAACCUCAUCCUCAGCACCACACAGACAACAGCUCCCGAUGCCCCCGCUGAGCAUCAGAUCAGCGAUGUGGGAGAGACCUCCAUCCAAAUCAGCUGGACCAGGCCUCAAGCCCCCAUUACUGGCUACCGUGUGGUGUACACCCCAUCACAGGAGGGCAGCAGCACAGAACUCAACUUGCCUGAUACACAGACAUCAGUGACCCUGGUUGACCUUCUCCCUGGUCUCCUUUAUAACAUCAGUAUUUAUGCCGUAGAGGAGGAGCAAGAGAGCGAGCCUGUCUUUGUACAGGUCAACACCGCCGGAUCACCUCUACCAGAGGAAGUCCCGUCCCCCACAGACCUGCAGUUCUAUGAGGUUACGGAUGCAAAGAUCACCAUCACUUGGACUGGCCCACCCACUGAGGUAACUGGCUACAGGGUGACUUUCUCCCCAGUUUCUCCAGACGGCACAGAACAGAAGCCCCUGCAAUUGCCAAUGUCCCCCAAUGCAUAUGCCGAGAUCACCCACCUGCAGCCCGGCACGCUCUACCGCUUCUACAUCUACGCCAUCAGCGGUGGAGUUGAGAGCCAGCCACUUACGGGAGAGAAGUCUACCAAGCCCGAUACCCCCACCAACGUGCGUUUCACCGACAUCACUCACAACAGCGCAUUGGUCAUCUGGGAAGAACCCCGCUCGGUUGUCACCGGUUACCGUCUCCUGCUUAACGUCGAGGGUUCCAGCCCCACCCAGAAGAAAGUCCCAGGGGCAGGCUCCCAGUUCCGUCUCAGGGGUCUGCGUCCAGACACCCUCUACACAGUCACUGUGUACUCUGAGCAGGACAAUGUUCUCAGCGAGGGCGCUACUGCAUACUUUACCACCACCCCCCAGCUGGGUAAUGCUCCUCCCUUCAGCACAGAGGUCACUGAUACCUCUAUCAUCAUCAGCUGGCUACCUGUGCCAAGGUUCAGCUACAAGCUUUCUGUACUGCCCAGCCAGGAAGGGGAGGCACCCAGAGAGGUGACAUCCGAAUCCGGAAGUAUUUACGUGACGGGCUUGACCCCAGGAACUGAAUACACCUACAGUGUUCAGCCCAUUUUCAAUGGACGUAACCGUGGCAACCCAGUCACUCGCACUGUAGUCACUUCUCUGACUCCUCCAACUGACCUCAGCUUGAGUUCAAACCCAGACACAGGAGAUCUGACUGUCCAGUGGGUGGGCACCAAAACACCAGACAUUACUGGCUACAGAGUCACUUGCACACCGACCAACGGUCAGCGAGGAAACUCGCUGGAGGAGUUCGUCCAGCCUGAUCAGAACUCCUGCACCUUGGAGAACCUGAGACCUGGGGUGGAGUACAAUGUCAGUGUGUACACUGUCAAAGACCACGAGGAGAGUGUGCCUGUGUCCAGCACUGUCACACCAGACGUACCCUCACCAAGUCGAGUUGACUUUGUCGACAUUACUGAUACCACCAUCGGCCUGCGCUGGAUCCCAUUGAACUAUACUUCCAUUACUGGGUACCGCAUAGCUGUGGUAACCGCAGGCGAGAGCCUGCAAAUUCUCCAAGAUAUGGUGGAUGCUUCUACUGGUUAUUAUACGGUUCGCGGUUUGGAGCCCGGCGUGGACUAUGACAUCAGCGUCAUCACAGUUACAGAGGAGGGGGAGAGCGAGCCAACCACACACACAAUGCAAACACACUCUGCCAUUCCCGCUCCUACCAAUUUGCACUUCGGAGGGGUUGGCCCUGACCGCAUAAGAGUGACCUGGACGGUUCCUAACGUCCCGACCCCAAGCGACAUCUCACGCUUUGUCAUCCGCUACCACCCUGUCGCCAGUGACGAUGACAUCAAGGAGGUUAACGUGGGCGGCUCCACCAACACCUUUCUGUUACAGAACCUACUUCCCAACACGGAGUACCAUAUCAGUGUGGUUUGUGUGUACGGGGAACGAGAGAGUACUCCAGUCAGUGGAACUCAGAGAACCACUCUGGACUCGCCUACUGGUCUUGACUUCUCUGACAUCCAGACCAACUCCUUUACCGUUCACUGGCUGGCCCCGAGUGCUCUUAUCACAGGCUACCGAAUCCGUUACCAGAUGACGAGUGGCGGGCGGGCCAAGGAUGAGAAGCUGCCCCCAACCAGGACCCACUUCACCUUGACUGGGCUGGUGCCAGAGACAGAGUACCUGAUCAGUGUGUAUGCUGUGAACGGCGACCAGGAGAGCCAGCCCCUGACUGGCACACAGGCCACAAUCUCUGACGCUCCCUCUGACCUGGAGGUGACAUCAUCCAGCCCCACCAGUAUCAUCAUCCGCUGGGACGCCCCCUCAGUCACAGUGAGGUACUACAGGAUCACCUACGGAGAGACAGGUAGCCGGAGUUCACCUCAGGAGUUCAACGUCGUAGGCACUCAGAACAGUGCCACAAUCUCUGAUCUGAAUCCUGGCACUGACUACACCAUCACUGUCUAUGCCGUCACCGGGAGAGGGGACAGCCCUUUCUCCAGCACUCCCAUCUCUGUCACUCACAAGACGGACAUCGAGUCCCCCACUGAGAUGAAGGUGACUGAUGUGAACGACAACACCCUCACAGUGCGCUGGACUCCCGCCCAGGGUCCUAUCAAGGGCUACAGAGUGACCAGUGUCCCCAAGAACGGCCUUGGACCAUCCUUCUCAGAGGUGGUGGCCCCUGACCAGACAGAGAUGACGUUCACAGGACUGAUGCCCACUGUGGAGUAUGUCCUGAGCGUCUACGCCCUCGGCACUGACGGCGAGCCCUCAUCCCCUCUAGUGGAUAAUGCAGUCACUGCCAUGGACGUGCCGAAGGAUCUGACCUUCUCUGACGUAGACUCCACAUCCUUGCGCAUCACAUGGGACAGCCCGGAUGGCACGGUGACAUCAUACCGCGUUCUGUAUUCCAGCCCAGAGGAGAGGGAGAGAGAGUUGCGCCCAGCUCCCAGAGGUGACCAGAAUACCGUGGUUCUAAGGGCACUUCAGCCAGGGACCGAGUACACCAUUAAAGUCAUUGCCCUCCAUGACCGUACACCCAGCCCCCCACUGUCAGGAAAGCAGGCAACAGCCAUCCCCGCUCCAACCAACCUGGUAAUCCAUGAGAUCGGGCCUUCCUCCUUUGUUGUCUCAUGGCGUGCCCCCAACGCCCAGCUGACUGGCUACCGUGUGGUGGUCAACCCUAAAAACAACAGCGGCCCCACAAAGGAGAUGAACCUUGCCCCAGAUACCACCCGCGUGUUCGUUCCCGGACUUAUGGUGGCCACUCCGUACCAGGUGCAGAUCUACGCCAUUAAGAACUCUUUCACUAGCAGACCCGUGGUGCAAGAGGUCACCACACUAGAGGAUGUGAGUCCUCCCAGGCGUGUGCGGAUCUCUGAUGUAAAGGAUUCCUCCAUCAGUCUGACCUGGCGCAGCAAAGAGGAAACCAUCACUGGCUUCCUCAUCGAGGCCACGCCCCGUGGUAACACACACGUCCCAAUCAGAAGGACCAUACCAGGAGAUCUGCGGGCCUACACCCUCACAGGUCUGGAGCCAGGUACCACUUACACCAUCAACCUCUACACAUUGAAUGGCAACACUAAGAGUGCCCCCUUCACUCUCACUGUUGGAACAGCUAAAGCAGCGGUCCAGGCUCCAACCGACAUCCAGUUCACAUCUUUAACCCCCAACUCCAUCUCCUUCACAUGGCACGCCCCUUCCACACGCAUCACUGGAUAUUACAUCACUUAUGAGGUAUCAGGAGGAGCGCCACGUGAGCUCACUCCACGCCCACACGCUGGUCAAAACUACGCCACCAUCUCUGGCCUUAGACCAGCCACCGAGUACAUCAUUAAGAUCAUUGCCCUCCAGAAUACCCAGAGAAGCACACCUCUGGUGGGCAAGGCCAGAACUCAACCAGACUCCUUGCUUACGCUGCCUCUGCCUCAUCACCCUUGGGGGGUUGAUGACAAGCUGGAUGUGCCUGAAAAAGACCUGGGCAACAGUGUCCAGGUAGUUGGCACCAAUGGACAAGAUGUGUUUGGUGGUCAAGGCCAGAAUGUGGAGUACACGGAGUACAACAACAACGGAGGCAAUGGGUAUAACGAUCAUAGUGGCAACCCGCAGUCGCCCUAUGGGCAAGUACGUGAGCCACUGAUCUUUGUGCCCCUCCCUGAUGCAGAGGGCCGCAGGCUGCCUGUCGUGAAGCUGAACGUGCCCGUUGGCUCUGCGUUUGGUUUUCCAGAGAACGAGACAGGGGUGCCACAGGAGGCACAGACCCAAACCAGCAUCUCCUGGAAGCCUUUCAGGCAGAGCAAUGCCUACUUGGUGUCCUGCCACCCACUCACAAACAUCGACGAGAAGAUGUUCCAGAUGCGUCUUCCAGGCUCGGCCACCAGCGCCACCUUGAUAGGCCUGACCUCUGGAGCGUCCUACAAUGUUAUCGUGGAGGCCCUGAAAGGGGCGCUCAAACACAAGAUUCUCGAGGAGAUUAUUACCGCGGGCAACACUGUGAAAGAAGGGGCACCCUCCGACAAGGACGCAUGCUACGACACCUUCACCGCAACCUACCAUGAUGUCGGUACAGAAUGGGAACGCAUGUCUGAGACGGGUUUCAAGCUGUGGUGCACAUGCCUGGGACUGGGAAGUGGUCACUUCAGAUGUGACUCCUCCAAGUGGUGUCACGACAGCGGCAACAACUAUCGCAUCGGAGAGAAGUGGGAACGCCAGGGGGAUAAUGGUCACAUGAUGCGCUGCACCUGCCUGGGUAACGGCAAGGGCGAGUUCAAGUGUGAACCACAUGAGUCCAUGUGUUAUGAUGAUGGUAAAACAUACCAGGUGGGCAACCAGUGGCAGAAGGAGUACCUGGGUGCUAUCUGCACGUGCACCUGCUUUGGCGGACAACAGGGCUGGCGCUGUGAGAACUGUCGUAGACCGGGUGCUGAUAUGGACGCCAGCCUGCUGCAGCCUGUCAGAUAUGGCGACAACACUCUUAGCAAAUUGAAUAUUCAUUGCCCCAUCGAAUGCCUUCGGCCUGAGCUGCAGGCAGAUGCUCGCGCCCCCCAGAAUGACCGGGAGUAAAGGACUGCUCAUCCUACAUUUGAUUUGCUGUUCAGAUGCUGUACCGCCUUACCGUACAGGAGACGAGCCGUCUACGACUGAACCGAAAUAACAGCCAGUGUCUUUGGGAUGAGCUUAACACAUCCAUCUGAGAAUAUAACACUGCCCUGCUGCCAUAAAGUGUUGUUUAAUAGUUACUUUUCAACCGCCAAUCCUUCUUACUGCUGUUCAGAUCCUGAAGUCGGUCUUCUUUUGUUUAGACUAACAUUAGGGAUUGACGAGUCUUGCCAUGUCGCCAUCCCUUUCUGCUAAAAACAUUUCCUGUAUUCGUGUGGCUUGUCCUGUUGACUCUCAGAUUAAUGAAAUUGCCAUGUAAUGUUUUUGUAGCACGUGAACUAGAAUAACUUUCCCUAAUCAAAGACGAACCCGUCACGAAUCAAGCACUGUCCAAAGAAUGUCGAUGUAGUAGUAAAGUCGUAUUGGAGUGUUAGUGAAAAUGUACGUUUUCCUUCUUUGUAGCCCCUCUUUUGACGCAAAGGGGUAGCACUGUGUAUGACUGAUGCAAGCUGAAUUUUACCGUUUCUGACUUAAUUUUUAAUUUAUCCCUUAAAUCACAGUGUGUGAAUGCUUAAACUGGGGUGUGUGAAUUUGAACCUUUAUUUUUGUACGUUAUUGUUCAUGCAAUAGUUGUUGCUACAAUUGAUGAAAAGAAUCCCUUUUUAAUAAAGCUGGAGAAAACUACACAUUUUGAAAAAAAUAUAAA